UCUGGCAACCUUUCGAUGUACGUGGACAGGAAAACGUGUGGUAGGGUAAAGACCGCUGAUCCAUGUGAAUGAAUCGCAAACAAAAAGUCUUUAAAUCAACUAUAGGUCCUACCGAUUAUGCUUUUAUAUAAGUUGUAGUUGCUUUGCAGUCACGAUUAUUCGUAAUAUAAAAGUCCACCAAUCGAGAGGUGUCAGAUGAAAGUCGUUCCGAAACUGUAUAAUAGACCGGUAUCGGUAUCUUAACAUGACUCAUAAUGAGUAACACCACAGCUCAUAGCAAAGUCUGGGCUGCUGUGACACAAGCUUUCAAACUGCCAAUGGCUUUCAUAAGGCGGAUGAUAACGAAGCUGAUUAACCGAGUGUUGAUGAGCACGCUGCCAUCACCGAAGAUGGCUGGUCAAGCGAUAGUUGACUGUAAUAGAAGGAAAAUGGUUGUCGGGCUGGGAAACCCUGGUAUGAGUGGUUCUCGACAUAGUGUUGGUAUGGCUGUGCUUACAACAUUAGCAGAACGUUUGGGAACGCCAGACAGCUGGAGGUCUGACCGACAAGUCUCAGGAGAGGUUGUUGUAACGCACCUUCAAGACAUCCAGUUGGUUCUUCUUCGACCUAAGUUGCUCAUGAACAUCAAUGGUGUGAGUGUGGCAAAAGCAGCCAGCAAAUUUUUAAUUCCACCUGAACAUAUUCUCCUGAUUCAUGAUGAGCUUGACAAGCCGCUUGGGAAGUUCGGCAUUAAACAUGGUGGAAGUGCAAGGGGUCACAAUGGUGUGAGAUCAUGUGUGGACUGCCUUCAUACUGAUGUGAUGCCACGGUUGCGCAUUGGUAUUGGGCGACCGUCAGGAAAAACGCCUGUCGACCGUUACGUUUUGGGACGUUUUUCACAAGAGGAACAAAAUAUUCUAGACUCUGUCAUGAAGCAGAGUGUAGACGUUCUGCUGACAUUUCUCACAGACUCGCAAUCCCAGACUUCUCCAGCAGAGGGAAGGAGAGCGUCACGCAAGAAUAAAGCAAGGACACUUUCACCGCCUCAGGACACCACAGAAGAGCACAAACAGAACUGACCUCCUGUUACUACACAUUAUAUAUUUUAUAACUGUUUCUCUGUUGUGAAGGAGCUCCAUUUUAGCAAAGCUAAGGACAUGGAGCGCAAAACCAAAACUGACAUCAAUACAUAGUAAUUUUCUGAUAACUCUGCUCUGAAGGAGUUAAGCUUGUAACGAUUGGCUACACAGAUUGUUAGAAUGCACUGUCUCUGCCAUCUUUUAAAGUUCAGAAGACACAUUAGGAUACAGCAGCCUGCAUUAGAUGUUCUUUUGUAGUUUCUAUAACAGCUUUUCCAGAAUUGGGGUUUGCAAACCCCUAGAGGUUCCUGAGGAACUACAGAAGGUAUGUAGCAUUGGAAUAGAAAUACCUAUGCUGUAUUAAAUUAAAGUAUAAUAUUUAAAAAAAAAACAUGUCAAAAGGUUUAUUAAAAUAUAAUAAGCAUAAGAUAACAUUACCUCAAAUAUAAACUUGUUUUUCAUAUAAAUAACUUAAUUCAUAGGCAUUAAUGUGACAAAACAGUUUGGAAACCCCUUUAAAACCUGGACAACACUGACCUCGUUAUAAUCUUAAUAGUGCCAUUUCAUGUAACUGGGUGAUUUUAAAUGUGUUAAUUUCACUGUAUUGUGGUGUUUUGCUUUUAAAAAAUAUUUGCCCAUUACUAUGUUCAGCUAUAGGUUUACAAACAUUUCUGACAUUCAGAGAACUGUGUUAAUUCAUAAAUGUAUGCUUCAUCAAUAAAUAUUGAUUUACAGAAUAAGAAAGCAGGGCUUAAUCUAAUUUAAACCUGCAAAAAAGUGUUUCAAAAUUUUAUAACAAAUUAAAGCUGCAAGCAGCGAUGAAAGGGCCCUCGCACCCGGGCUUACUGCCACCCGUUGGACAUAGGAAAACAGUGAACAGUGGGCGAAAUGCAUGUGAGCGAGUAAAUACCAGAGAAUUAUGGCAAAGUAAUUUCAAAGUGCCACACUUCUUGCUGCCAACAGGUGGCACUGUGACCAUAACUGAAUAUUGCCAUGUAGAUGUCUUCAGGCCAGAAGUAUUAUCAAACAUGUAAAGUUUGGCGCAGAUCAGACAUCGGUCACCAGCAGGUGGCGCUAUGACUAACUGAAUAUUGGCAUAUAGAUGUCUUUAUGCCAGGACUCUUAUCACACAUGUGAAGUUUGGGGCAGAUCGGACAUUGUAUGCUUGAUUUACAACAGCUUCCUCUUUCAUGGCGAAACAUCAGACUUUGUCAGUCCGCCACGGACACUCCCUUCAACGAAAACUCAAGAUCUUUGAUUUUUAUCAUCGCUAUGGUUUUAAGAUUAGACUGACAACAUAUGAUGUUGAUCUGGUUAAAUCUCUACGAGGAGUUAAUCACAGUAUAAAAUAUGACAUUUCCUGUUGCCUGCAGGUGGCGCUAUGACUGUGAUUGAAUAUUGCCAUGUAGAUGUCUUCAGGCCAGGACUCUAAUAAAACAUGUGAAGUUUGGGGCAGAUCAGACAUUGUAUGCCCAAGUUACAACAAUUUCCUAUUUCAUGGCGAAAUAUCGAACUUUGUCAGGCCGCCACGGGCACACCCUCCAGUGAAAAGUCUAGAUCUUCGCAAUUUGACAUCGCAAAGGCCUUUAGAUUAGACUGACCAAAUAUUAUGUUGAUCCGAUUAAUGCUCUAGGAAGAGUUUGUUCAAGUACGUGUGGAAAUGGCCAAAAUUGCAGAGAAAAUUCAAAAUAUCUCACUUCCUGUUGGUUUUCAGAUUUCGUACCAAAAGACUUUUUUGUAGGGAUUGGGCCAUUACAUGUGUGUACCGAAUACCUGUAUGUGAAACAUAGCGUGAGGGGCACUUCAUUGAAAUUUUGUAGGUGGCGCUAUCGAGCCAUUUUGCCACACCUAAUUCUGAAACCCAUUUCAGACGUAAAUUUUCACCAUUUCUGAUGCGUAUGCAAAGUUUAAUGAGUUUUUGAGCAUGUUUAGGCCCUCAAAAAAGUGAUUCAUUUGCCAGAAGCGGAAGAAUAAUAAUAAGAAACGGAGCAAUUCCAAUAGGGUUCUCACACCAUCGGUGCUUGGGCCCUAAUAAAAUAUGAUGUAAAAUAGUUAAGAAAGUGACGUAAAAAAGUAUUUAAUAGGACACAAAUAAGUUAUGUAACUGAUCACAUUAUGGAGUGCUGCAAGGGUCUGUUUUAGGCCCUCUGCUAUUUUCAAUAUACAUGUUGUAUCUUGGUAAUAUUAUUAGAAAACAUUGAAUUAGUUUCCACUGCUAUGCCGAUGAUACUCAGUUUUAUAUUUCAUCAUAACCAGAUGAAAUCUCUAAAUUAUCCAAGUUGACAGGGUGUGUUAAAGAUAUAAAAUAUUGGAUGACCAGUAAUUUUCUAGUAAAUUUUGAUAAGACUGAGGUAUUACUUAUUGGACCUGUAUACAGAAUCUCUUAGAAUACAAUUUGCAUCUAGAAGGAUGUACUGUUAUUCAUCCUCUACAGUUAAAGACCUGAGUGUUAUAUUAGACAGCAACUUGUCUUUCGAAAUAUUGUCAUAUUUCGAAUGUUACAAAAACAGCCUUCUUCCACCUCAGAAACAUUGUUAAGCUACAGAACGUUAUCUGUAUUUGAUGCAGAAAAGUUAGUUCAUGCAUUCAUGACCUCUAGACUGGAUUACUGUAAUGCAUUACUAUGUGGUUGUCCUGAAUCCUCAAUAAACAAACUACAGUUAGUCCAAAUUGCAGCUGCUAGAGUUCUUACUAGGUCAAGAAAAUAUGAUCAAAUAACCUGUUUUAUCAUCUCUACACUGGUUAUCUAUUAAGUUUCGUGUUGAUUACAAAGUAUUGCUACUGACCUAAAGCUCCUGUGUAUUUAACCGAUCUUCUGUCACCCUACAGACCAUCAUGCUCUUUAAGGUCACAAACCUCUGGAUUUUUGGUAGUUCCUAGGAUAUCUAAAUCCACUAAAGGAGGAGGAGCGUUUUCGCAUUUGGCUCCUAAACUCUCGAAUAGCUUUCCUGAUAAUGUUUGAGGCUCAGACUAACUCUCCCGGGUUUAAAUCUAGAUUAAAGACAUCUGUUUAGCCAAGCAUUCACAUAAUACACUUCAUAACCUUAUACUCCAGUUAUAUCAGAUGAAAUGCACAUGGUUAUCUUUUUUUGAAAUGUUAUGAACAGCAGCUACGCUAAUUAUUUUCCAAUUGCUUUUCUGUACCUCGGGAUGCCCAUAACUAUAGAGAGUACGCCAGCUGUAGUUUAGAUCCAGCCUCUUACGAAGAUUUCAGAUGCCCCAACACCUGUGAAGAGAUGACACCAACUCUGAAUCAACAUUCACCACUGCCAAAUUUUCUAUAUAUUGUAAUCAUUAUGAUCACAACUUGUAAUAAUUGCUUUAAUGAGAUCAUUGUUUCUGCUUAAAUUAAUACAUGAUAUUAGCUAACUGCUUGAUUUGUAUUAUCUUAGAACAAAUAUACAAUAAAUGUGAAUUGAAUUGAA